UCCCAUGGCACGUGGCCUAUGGCCUAUGGCCUAUGGAGCACUAGGUCCGGUCGAAAAAUCGAGGAUUGUUGGAAAUGCUCCGAGACUUUGGAGUCCCUUAACAUUUGUUGGAAUAGAAGUCCAUGCAAAAAUUGGGGUACAAAUUCAUUGUGUAGGCCAAGUUAUUGUCCUUCCCGCCUCUCGUCCCAUGGCACGUGGCCUAUGGCCUAUGGCCUAUGGAGCACGCGUUUCGGUCGAAAAAUCGAGGAUUGUUCGAAAUGCUCCGAAACUUCUAAGUCCCUCAACAUUUGUUGGUAUAGAUGUGCAUGCAAAAUUUGGGAUUCAAAUUCGUUGUCUAGGCCAAGGUUUUGUCGCUCCCGCCUCUCGUCCCGUGGCACGUGGCGUUUCGACGAUUAGUUCCGGUCGAAAGUCGAGAAUUAUUCGAAAUGCUCCGAAACUUUGCAGUCCCCCAACAUUUAUUGGAAUAGACGUCCAUGCAAAAAUUGGCAUCAAAAUUCGUUGUCUAGGCCAAGUUUUGAUGUUCCCGCCUCUCGUCCCGUGGCACGUGGCCUAUGGCCUAUGGACCACCCGUUCGGUCGAAAAAUCAAAGUUGUUCGAAAUGCUCCGAAACUUUGCAGAUCCUUUCUAUAUGUAUUGAGGAAAGAUCAUGCAAAAAAUCGGCUCAAAAUUCAUUGUUCCGACUAGGAUUCCGUUGGUUUCCGUCCGCA